UUUCUGAACGACUUGCAUCGACUGCUUUUGGAACAAAGCUUUAAUCAGCCGUCUCAAAUGAAACAAUUAUAUUUAAUAGUGUGUAUCAUAUCAUUGCUGGGCCAGGGAUAUCAGCAAUGCUCAAUAAGCUGCCAUGUAAAUGCAAAAUGUAAAACUGAGAAUGGAGCCGUAGGUUGCUACUGCGCUAAUGGAUACACAGGGGACGGCAUCAAUUUCUGUCAAGAUGACAAUGAAUGUCAAAAUGCAACAAACAUCUGUGGUGAGAAUGCCAACUGCACAAAUACAGAUGGUGGCUACUACUGCACAUGUGUGCCUGGUUUUUAUUCAAGUGGAGCUGAAAGAUUUGUGACUAAUGAUGGAACCUACUGUACUGAUGAAGAUGAAUGUAAUGCAAAAAAUUGUGGAUACAAUGCUGAGUGCAAGAACACUGCUGGAGGAUACGAUUGUUUCUGCAAGGAAGGUUAUCAACCAUCCUCUGGAAGAUUGCUGUUUAAAGCAGAUGAUGGUACUUAUUGCCAGGAAAGCUACAAGCUCAGAUGCCAUUUGGAUGACUCCUGCAUAUCUUUUAGUAUUAAUAAAACCAUUAGUCAAGUGACCACAAUUAAGGAACCCAAUGCUAUUCUAAAUGAAAUUCAGAGAAAUACUGCAAGAGAACUCCUGCCCAUUGAUGUAAUUUCAUUUGUUGAAGUGCUGGCUGCAAGCUCAUCAUUAUUGAGUACUGUUAAUAACAGUGUACUGAACAAGGAGAAUGCUACUAUCAUAACAUUUGUUAAAACAGUGAACAAUUUUGUUGAAAAGGAUAAAAUAAAAGUUUGGAAAAAUCUCCGAGAUGAUAGCAGAAUAAAAAGCAUAACAAAACUUAUGCAUACAACAGAGCACACAGCCCUGGAAAUGUCCCAGAACUUUAAAAAGACAACACAGCUCAGUAUCAAUGCAAGUGAUAUGGCUCUCAAACUGUUUACCUUUGACUCUAACCACAUGAAACAUACCCACCCGCAUGUAUUUAUUGAAGGUGACAGUAUAAAGAUUUCGUCAAAGAAAAAGGAAUCAUCACUCUCAAACGGAACAGUAGCUAUUGUAUUUUUGCGGUAUGAGAACAUAGGUGUUUUACUUGGGUCGAAUGCCAAUACUAGUAUUAAGGAACAUGAUUCUGUGGAUCAAAGGGCAUUGGUAAAUUCCCCUGUUAUAGCUGCAGCUAUCAAGUCAAAUCCCCCAACACUGUAUCAGCUUGAGAAGAUAACAUUCAUUCUUAAACAUAGAGAGAUAUUUUCAGAUGUUGGUGCCACAAAAUGUGCCUUUUGGAGUUACAAAGAAGAAACUAUGAAUGGGGAAUGGUCUACUAAUGGCUGUGAAGUAUUGGCUUCCAACUCGACACACACAUCAUGCAGGUGUAACCAUCUUACACAUUUUGCUAUUCUGAUGUCUUCCUCAAGUCGCAACCAAGUGGCCUCUCACCAUAGUGUAUUAACAAGAAUUACUCAGCUUGGGAUAAUCAUUUCACUGAUCUGUCUCUCCCUGUGCAUUUUUACAUUUCUGUUCUUCAGUGAAAUUCAAAGCACAAGGACAACUAUUCACAAGAACCUUUGCUGUGCAUUAUUUUUGGCUGAACUUCUAUUUAUUAUUGGAAUAAACAUGACCAAGAAUAAGCUAUUCUGUGCAGUAGUUGCUGGAUUGCUGCACUACUUUUUCCUCGCCGCCUUUGCUUGGAUGUGCAUCGAGGGAAUUCAUCUCUAUCUCAUUGUGGUUGGCGUUAUUUACAAUAGAGGAUUUCUGCACAAGAAUUUUUAUAUCUUUGGAUAUUGUAGCCCAGCUGUAGUUGUUGGAAUUUCUGCAAUUUUGGGAUAUAAAUAUUAUGGAACUGAUAAAGUAUGUUGGCUGAGUACAGAAAAUAAUUUUAUAUGGAGUUUUAUUGGACCUGCCUGUCUCAUCAUUCUUGUCAAUCUGAUGGCAUUUGGAGUGAUAAUUUACAAAGUGUUCCGGCAUACUGCAAUGUUAAAACCUGAAGUUACAUGUUAUGAAAACAUAAGGUCAUGUGCAAGAGGAGCUCUAGCCCUUUUAUUCCUUCUUGGUGCUACUUGGAUGUUUGGAGUUCUCCACGUUGUUAAUGGUUCAUUGGUCACUGCCUAUCUUUUCACCAUCUCCAAUGCAUUUCAAGGGAUGUUUAUCUUUAUAUUUCUCUGUGUCUUAUCCAAAAAAAUACAAGAAGAAUAUUACAGGUUAUUCAAAAAUGUUCCAUGCUGUUUCACAUGUCUAAGAUAAGCACACAGACAAUUCUUGAAUACUGGAGCAAAAAGAUUCUAUUAACUGAAGAAAAGAAAUCAGCAUUGUUCAAGUCCUAAAAAAAAUAAUGUUGUAUAUUGAAGUAAACUGGUCUUCCAUUGUAAAAUUAUGAAUACAUAAUUAUUAUAAAUGUUAUAGACAACAUCACAUUCUAAAGCUGUUGUUGAUCUAUGGCAGAUGUUCAUUGCCUUCCUGACAGUUUUUUUCGGAGCAAAACUCGAUUUUGGGUCGUUCCUAUUAGAUUGUGAGUACAAUCGAAUUCCUUAGAGUUAAAAAAAAUUCACAUAACUUCAAAAUUUGACCUUUGAUAAAUAACCUCCUAAGUAUAAAAUACACGAAAACCAUUAAUACAAAACUUUGCCGGGUAAAAGUUGUUGAGGUCAAUGGGAGCUUUUUUAACCGCUUAAAUCAAUUCCGGCUUUUUUUUUUUUUGCUGUGCAUUUUUAUGUUUUCAUGUUUUAAAAUUAAUUUUCAGCUCGUACUUUUUAUUUGGAUUUUUUAUUAAAUCUCACGACAUUCGUCAUUUUAGAAGGCUGUUUAUAACACGUUUUAGAUGCACAUUUGAGGCAAAUUAUGUUAAUUAACACAGUAAAUUAUAAUAAAAAAAUAUAAGGUAUUUCUGGGCGAUGUUUUUUAUGGCACAUAAAUAAUUUCACUAAAUCCAGAAAGAAAUUCUAGAAAGAGUUCAAUUUAACUUGAAUUUAUAUCUACAGGAUUUCUCCAAAAUUGAUUGUUUCAAAAUCAUUCCUGGGAUAGAAUAACACACUAGAUUUAGUUAUCAUAUGAGACAAAUGCAGUAUGUUUGCUUCACUUAAGAGAUGAGCAUUAAAACAUAUUGAAAAGUAAUAGUUGGGCAACAGAAACACUGUUUUCUGAAUGAAUCCCUAAGAUGAUAUAAUGAGACAGAUACCUGAAAAUCUACUUAUCUGAUAGUUCAUAAAAAGAUGCUUUUGUUAAGUUGGACACAUGGAGAAAGCACAUGUACUGUUGGGCAUAUUAUAGCACUGAGAGGACUUGGAGAAUCUGAAACAUAUUCAAUUUUAUAUUGACAAAGUUCCCCAUAUUAAGCCAUCUUCUGGUGUUAUUGUUAAAUUUGGUUAUUUUUUUAAAUUUUCAAAUAUAAUAAUUACAAAAGAAAGUGCAUUUUACAUGAUAUUGUCAAGGCAAGAAUGCUAUUUAAUUGUUCAUAGACUAAUAUUACAGGAUACAAUUAAAGAAAGCUAGAUUUAGCACAAAUUACUAUAAAUUAUAUUUUGUGUAGUGUUGGUCAAUAUGGUUUUUUACUUUCAUGCUUUGAGGAAUAAGUAAUAAUACUGAACAUUUUUGUCUAUUUUUUGUAAAAGUGUAAAAUAUAUUGAAUACAAAUAUAAUAAAGCUGUA